CAACAACAACAAAAUCACAAACAACUUUUGUUUCAAUUUUGUUUUUUGUAAAACGGAUUUUAUUUCGAAUCAAUGACCACUACCUCUCUUGAAAAUAUUUAUCAAAAGCGAAAAAAUGGUGUCCACAAAACAUCAAUUGAUCAACAACAACUGUAUCGAUUCAAAUGAUUGCCUAUCAAAUCGUGUUCAGAAUUUAUUGGAAAAAACCUUGAUCUGUCAAAAAUUCAAACCAUCGAUUUGUAAUCAAGAUGUUUUUAUUCAACAAAAACAACAACAACAAAAUAUUGUUUCAUCGACAAACAAAUCUGGAAUCCCUCAAGAAUCGAAUGUCAUAUUAAAUAAUUAUAAUACUGAAAUAUCUGAAUCAAUAACGAAUUUAGAUCAAUUCGAUGAUUUGACUGAAUAUUAUCCGAUUCAAAAAUUUCAUCGAAAUACAAUUACCAUUAGAGAAAAUGAAUCAUCAAUGAUAGAUAAUAGUCAUUUAUCGGAUAUAAUUUUAUUUCAUAAAAAUUUUCUAAAUUCACAGAUUAAUCAUUUAAAACGAUUAAACUAUGAUCUGAUCAGGAUAGAAAAAUAUCUGCAAUCCAAAUCUGACGCAAACAAUUAUUCAUUAAGAAAUUGUCAUUGUCACCAUGGUAACAAUGUUGAUCGAAUUUUGAAUGCGCAACAAAAAAUUCAUUCAUUUACUUCGUAUGAACAACAAAAACAACAACAACAAUGUUAUGAUAACCUGGAUACGACAAAAUUAUUUAGCAAACAUGAAAGACAAACAAAAAUUCUACAAACUUCAAUAUCAAUGAUACAGAAAAUUAAUCGACAAAUAAACAAACAAAAUAUGGCUAAUGAUAAUGAUUAUGAUGAUGAUAUGACCAAUAAAUCUGUACAAACCUCAUUCGUUUUUGUUGAAAAAACGGUAAAACAUGAUGAUAAUUUUGAAUGUCCAAAUUUAAAUAGAUCAUUAUCAUGGUUUCUUUAUUUUGUCGAUGAUGAAAAUUAUCGAAUCUAUGAUACACAAUCAUUUAAUUUGUCAGAAAUAUUUGAACAAAAACAACAUCGAUUUAUACAUCGAUCAUUAAUGCGUUCACUACGAAUCAAAGAUAAUGGUCGAUUGCGAAUCGAAACAGCUCAACAAAGAAAAGAUGAAAUUGUACAAGUUUUUUUGCUGACUAAAAGUCAUAAUACAAAUGAUGAAUGUUUAAAACAAAAAUCAUCAACCAGUCGUCCAUUACCGCCGAUUAAUCGACGUGUAUUUACUCAUCAACAGAUGCGUAAACAAACUGAAAAACUUUAUCGAAAAUUACCGGAAUCAAAAAAUUGUCGAAAAAAUGAACAACGAUUCAAUGAAGAUGAUGCAAAAAAACGUCGAAUGAUGGCUCAAAUAUUUAAACAAAAAUUAAAGGAUAAUGCUGUUCGUGGUCGACUAAACUGGCCAAUUACUAGUCAAGCUAUUUCUGCAUAAAAUGAAUUAGAUAAACUUUGAUCUCAAAUUAUUUUUUUUUUCAAUAAAAAAUAUCAAAUAUUUU